UGCAGCAAAAAUUAUAUCUAACGGCGUUGGCACAUACGUCAAAAUGAAGUCACUGAAUGAUGAAAACUUGUACGAAGCCAUAGUGGAGGUGUUAUCGAAUGAGAAGUACAGUAACAGAGCUAAUCAGUUGUCAGCUGCUGUAAAAGAUGUUCCGAUGAAUGCAACAGAUACCGCUGUUUUCUGGAUUGAACACGUGGUCAAAUAUGGUUCUAGUCAUUUGACUGUUCAUAAAAAGCAUCUUUGUGUUACAGAAUAUUACUUGAUUGAUGUCAUUGUAGUGAUAGUUACAAUCAUGUGUAUUACAGGCUGGUCAUUACGCAGACUGGUUUCCAUGUUAGUACGUGGUAUUAGGCGUUAGUUUAUAAUUUUUUAUAGCAAUAACAAUAUUAGAAACAUAAAUAAGUUGGAUGCGGGUAUAUAUAUAUAUAUAU